AUGUGGAUCGAACUUAUUGUUGUCUUAUCAAUUUUUGGACGAAGUGUUUUUGCUAUUGACUAUCCAAAAGAUACUUGUGGUCUCCGUCCAUUAGUAGAUGAGACUGAUUUAACACCUAAAAUUGUUAAUGGUACAGAAUCAAUAAAAGGUGAUUGGCCAUGGCUAAUAUCAAUGCAACGUAGAGGAAGUCAUAUCUGUGGUGGAUCACUUAUAAAUGAUGAAUGGAUUAUUACAGCCGCUCAUUGUGUUGUUGGAAAUCUAGAUACAAGUGUCUAUGAUAUUAUUUUCGGUCUUCAUGAUCGAUUAGCUCCUGAUCCUUGGGUUAUUAGAAGAAAAGUUGACCGUAUUGUAGUUCAUCCACAAUAUACAAGUCGAAAUUUUUUGAAUGACAUUGCUCUUAUGAAAUUAUCUGCUAAAAUUGAUACAUAUACUGAAUAUUAUAUGCCUGUUUGUUUUCCAAAUGCUGAUCAAACAUUUGAUGGUCAAAUAGGAUAUACAAUUGGUUGGGGUGCACAAUUUUAUGGUGGUAGUGUACUACGUAAAUUAAAUGAAGUAACUUCAGCAGUGUUAACUGAUAGUGCAUGUAAAGGACGUUAUUCAACAGGUAUGAUCAAUACAGAUACUCAAAUAUGUUCAGGUGGAAAUAAAGCAGGAGCUUGUCAAGGUGAUUCUGGUGGUCCAUUGAUUGUUGCUGAUCCUGCACGUAGUGGUCGAUAUGUUCUUGUUGGUUUAACAUCAUGGGGUAUUGGAUGUGGUGAUGGUGGUGUUUAUACACGUGUUUCAGCUUAUAAAUCAUGGGUUGAAACAAUAGCUGGUGCUACUUUGUCUUAA